AUGAAGUCGGGAUCGGAAACUAAAUUUUUAGAUUCAUUGAUGAAUUCACAGCUUGAUUUAGAUGAUUCGAAGCCAAAUUAUGUCACUGCUUCAAAAACUUUUUCUCUCUUCUCAGUUGAAGAUUCUAGUAUGAAGAAUGUUAUGAAAUUUAUUGAAGAUCAAUCGAUUUCGGAUAAAUCUGAUCGUGUUUCUAUUGUUUCAAUCAUUGGUAAAUCGGCUCUACAAUCUUGCAAUGCCAAAGCCACUUGUAUACCCGAAUGGAUUGGACAAAGUUUGUUCAAUUCUAAACUUCAUGAUGAAACCUUAUUAUUUAAAGAUGAUUUUGUACAAAUCGAUGGAUAUUAUGAUGUAAACAACCGAAUGAUUCUUCUUCAUUUGACAUCAAUUUUAGAUACAUGUGCCGUACUUGAUAUUUUUGAAAAUUUGGAAAAACAAUUUAUUGAAAAGGGCUUCCUUACCAUGUGGCCUGAUCUGCUGACCGAUCUGUAUAAAUCAAUACUUUUGAUUUUCUACGUUAGUAAUAUCGUCAUUAUAACAAACCCCUCGCCUCGAUUCGAUAUUGGUUGCAUCAACAUGUUAAGAAUAAUUGAUUCGACUAAAAUCAAAUUACAACCAUUUGUUUCGGAAAUGUUUAGCUCUUUCAAUAAGAUUUCAAACAAUAUUAUGAAAAACAUGUUUAUGCCACAACUUUUAUUCAUUUUUGAAGCAUAUGAUGGAUAUGAUUAUAUAACGGAAUCAAAUAACAAAUUCUAUGUUAAACAACUUGAAGAACAGAUUGUCAAACUAUUUCGUAAAACUCGACUAAUCAAUUCGUUGUUUACUAUUCCAUCAUUGAAUUCGUUUGUUUUUAUCGUUACUAAAACAUCAACAAUAAUCAAUUAUGAUGAAUAUUUUUUCGAAAAUAUUUUAAAUCGUUGUUUGAAUGAUAAUUUUGGUAAUGAUCAAAACUGUUCACUUCAAUAUCGACAGAUGGUCCAAGAAAAUUUGCCAUUUUCAAAUUUCAUUCUUCCUCACAUCAAUUCUCUUGUGAAAAAUUCCAAAGAUUCUGUCAAAUCUAAUGAAUUAAUCAAAGUGAAAACAUUUUUCAAAUUAUUCAUAGCAUUCAAAGAGCUUUUAUUUAAACAAACAUAUUCAGGCAUUAGCAGUGAGAAAACAAAAAAUUUGCAAAAGAUUUUAGAUUCACUUCAUUCAACAUUGGACAUCGAUAAUCGUUUUUCCGAAAGUAGAUGUUCCAAAAUGGUAUCAAAUGCUGUCAAUUACUACAAGGAUAAUUUACCGUCCCAUUACACACGCGAAACUCAUGAACGAAAAUUAUUGUUAACACUACAACAUUUUACUAUGCAAUCAAGAGGUCCAGCUAUCUACAAAUACAUCAAAAUAAUUCAAAAUGAAUGUACGUCAUAUUGGACCAAUGGACAUAAAAUGUGUGAAGAGUUAAGUCUGACUGGAAAUCAUUGUGUCAAUAAAAUUCAUCGAUUACCACAUGAUGACUAUUGUACUGACCAGCCUUUAUCUGAAACAGAAGGAUCUGCAGCUGAAUCUAACCAGAACAAUGUUCCAGUAAUGCCACAUAACAGUAUGGUGAAAAUAAUUUCCGCUUGUGAUUGUGGUCGUCGUCAAAGUAAUCGCGAAGAUCCAUUUACAAUAAAAGCGGCAAACUAUGAUUUUUAUCUUAAAAUGCGAUACAAAUGUCACACAUGCCGUAAUAUUGCAAGAUAUAAAUUUCAUGUGUACGACUCGAAUAUUGAGAUGGAGAAUUUAAGUUCUAGUCAGAAUAUGACUGGAACAAAAAGUGAAAAUUUGCGUGAUAGUCCAGUUAUGAAAACAUUCAACGAUACUGUAUUAUCUCAAGUAGCAUCUGAAGAUAUUGAUGACAAGAAUGAUGCAGAUGUCGAAGAUUCUGUUGAAACUCAACAGAAUGAUAUAUUAUUGAGUAUCGAUAAUCUUUCAAAUAAUGAAGAUUCUAUUUCAUCAAAUAAUGAUGAUCAUGAUUUCAGUGCCAUCGAUGAUGUUAAACAUUCAAGAUCUAAUGAAAAUGAUGAAUCAAAUGAAAGAUCGGUCGAUUAUAAAAAUGAUAGUUCACAAUAUGGUGAAUCUCAAUCAUCAGAUGAUAUAGAAGAAGAUGAAGAAUUUUCUAAUGAAAAAGAAUUUCUCAGUGAAGACGAAGAUGAUGAAGAAUUUCUUAAAGAACAACAUUCUCCAACAACUUCAUCUUCAGCUAAAGAGAUAAUCGAUUUGAAAACAUUACCGACAAUGAUACAUACAUUGUUGGGUGUAGACAAUAAUUUACCUGCUCGCUUUGCUUCUUGGUCAUUGGUUUGUUUUGGUUCGUCAAGUAUCUAUUCACAUAAUCUUGGCAUACAAGAUCAACAAGGAUUCGUCAAAGGUUCUCAUUAUUUGUUACCAUGGAAUGUUACGGUUAUUUUACAACAUUGGAGAAAUAUGCCACCGCUGUGGGAAGGUAAGCGACCUCCCGGUAUCAAACAUAAGAAAAAUGUAAAAGAUGGUACACAAUUUACUGUGAAAAUUUUCAUCGGUGUUGAAUAUGAAUGUUUUAAUGGUCAUCGAUUUAUUGCAUCGAAACCGGAUCAAAUUCUUAAGACUAAUACAUACAAAUUUAGAGAAACAGCCGAAUCAAUUGCAAAAAAUGAUAUGCCAUUGUAUAUGCAUUGUGUUUGCAGUCGUUCAUCUAAACCAUGUGUUGCACAAUUGAUGCGAAUUCAUAUUGUCACACCGAAAGCUCCAAUCAAUGUGACUUUAAAUCCUAUGAUUCAGGUUACGCCAAAUGCUAGUCUUUUGUUUUAUCUGGGCAACAAAGAACCAAUUCGAUUAACACAAUCAACAUAUUGGGUAUUACGUUUACCAAUGAUUUAUGGUACAGAUAUUGAUGGAGCAUUCAGUUUUCCUAAAGAACCAUUACCAUAUUGUCGCCUUUUAAAAGGUUGUUAUGGUAUUGCCGAUCAGAUUGACAGCCAUCACAAUCAUCAUCUUAAUCGUAAAUAAUCAUCAUGUAUGAAACUUUUUUUUUGUGCAAAAUUUGAACUUUGUUAUUUGAUUUGUUUUCGGAUUUUUAAUUUGUGCGCAAGAUUUUCCUAUCUAUAUAUUAAUAAUGUAUGUGUCUGAUAUCAUCG